AUGGCGCAGGCAAAGUACGAAUCGACACGGACAGGUUCCAAAGUGCGGGAUCGUCUAGCGGCCGUCUCAUCGCGAGUGCUAUACUAUGGACACGUUCUCGAUGUCAUCUCACAGCACCAUCCAGAGUUCGUCUCCUUGGCAUGGGGGACGUUGAAGUUUCUUUUCGUGCUUGUGUUGAACCACGAAGAGACCACCUCGGAACUCGCGAAAGCGGUCGCGAAUAUUGGUGAUGUACUUCCUCGCGCCAAACUCCAGCUAGAAAUUUUUAGCGCAGAUUCAAUGAGAGGAGCCGUGGAAAUACUGUAUACAGACAUUCUCACAUUUUUAAGUGUGACCCUCGAGUGGUAUCAACAAGGUUCGCUAAUGCGCGCCUGGAGGGCGUUCACUCAGCCAUACAAGCUUCGUCUCAAAGUUUUGAGGGACAAAAUUGACGAGAGCGUCCGGCGGGUCGACAACAUGGCCCAUACGCUGUCACAUCACACAAUCAACAAAAUGUAUGAUCUGAUUCUCAAGCUAAAUACAAACUUCAAUGAAAAUCAUUUGGUGUAUUUAUCUCGAUUCUCUGGCCUAGAUCGAGGCCAAAAUCAGAUCCAAACGGACUUGAUCCUCAAGGCAACAAAAGAUACAGGUCUCCAGGACCCCGUGGAAACCUUGCGAUUUUGCAGGUCAAUACGACAUAAGAGGAUGCAUAGAUACGAUAUCGACAAGGCUGGUAUUCUCCCUGCUCUUGAUAGCUGGUCGAACACACUGCGCUCUUCUUUGAUUGUUCUUGGGGGCUCCGGAUCGACUCGUUUCCAGACCAAAGACCUCGCCACUGAAAUGGUGGAUCUCCUUCGAGACGUGAAGAAGAACGUCUUAUGGGUCUUGAAGGGCCGAAACAGGGACGUGCCGGAAGAUAGCAUUCAUACUGUCAUACUUAAACAAUUGGUUCACCAAUCGGUCCAACUCAACCACCACCAGGUAGCACAUCACAUAUCAGCCAACUUCAAUGCGCCGCGAAUUUCAGCCGCGUCAAGUAAAAACGAUUGGUUAGGUAUUCUAUCCGAGACACUCAUAGGGCUGUCUGAAGUUUAUCUCAUCAUCGAUAUGGAAGCGUUGGGGUACCGCACGAAUGAUGAGGCAGCAUUUUGGCUGGAGUUUUUCGGACUCAUUCAGCAAUUUGUUCAAAACGCCCCGGAAGUCGCAAUUAAAGUUGCAAUCUUCACCUUCAGGCAGGGCUUCAUUCAAUCUGUGGAGUCAAACCCCAACAGGCCGCUGGUCGUUCCGUUGCCAAGAAAGACUGGACCAGUCACGUCCAAAGUGCAAAAGCGCCAAUCGUGGAACAAGAAGAAAAGAAAUAUUUUGCGGUUACGACAUGCAUGA